CCUUAUAUUAUUAUACUCUUUUCUUUUUGCACCUCUUUCUCUAGCGAAGUUGCCAGUCACGGGCAACAAGGCCUCGAGACAGAUGUAUGGUCCGUCGGCUGUAUGCUCUACACCCUAUUGGUCGGUCGGCCACCUUUUGACACGCGUGAAGUUCGUUCAACACUAACGCGAGUACUUGCAGGUGACUAUCAACUUCCUAGUAGCUUGUCCCCAGAAGCAGCUGAUUUGAUCUCCAACCUGCUGCGUCGACAGCCUAAUGAGCGCAUGAAACUGCGUGCCAUUUUGGCGCAUAGUUUUAUGACCACUCGCAAAAGCACUCCGGCUAGACGAUAUAUGGAAACCUCAAACGAUAGCGGGAUCGAUUCUUUAUCUCGGACACCACUUAGCUGUUUCAUCAAUAACCAGAAUAGCAACACUCGUCUUACUAACACUGCGAGCCUGGGCCACAACAGUUCAGGCAGCACUAUGAGUAGCCAUUUGACUGUUCAACCGUCUAGGAAUAGAGUGGAACCGGCGGAACCUCCAUUGGGAGUGUAUCCUUCGCAGACACAGCUGCUACCCUCGUCAGCAAACAGUGGCUAUGCUCCUUCUAUUGGGGCCGGACACGCUGGUCACCAUCAAACUUACUCUCGACAGCAGCAGCAGCAUUACCCUCUCCAAGCCAGCUAUCGCAGAUGGCUUAACGGUACUUCACUUGCCUCAGCUGCCAGUAACGCUCCCCUCAAGGCCACCUCCGAGGCUAUUACAGGCUCUUACCAGCCCCCCUCUGCAACAGGAGACGGUGCUAAUGAAGCAGGCUCGUUUAAUGCCUGCGCUAUUUCCUUCGAUGCCGCAUCGGUUGCUGACUCACUUCUGACACCGAUCAGCAACAGCAUCAGCAAUAAUGCACCUGGUUACCUAGCUUCCUCGGGUAAAGGCCAUGUUGUCCGAUCUUCCAGUUUGUCUAGAGUGGGCACCUCAGCACCUUCAGUCGAAGUGCGUUCCAAACUCACAUCUUCAGCUACUCAGCAGCCCUUGCAGGUUCUCCAGCAUUUUGUUCAUACAACACAUUCGCCUUUUCCUAUUAAUUCCAGGCCCUCGCCAGCCAUGCCUACCGACAUCUCUGGUCAAACAACUUGUCUCUCUGGUUUCUCUUUCUCUAGCAACCCCUCUAUGCCAACCCAAUCAACAGUUAAUAUACAUGGCACUGAUACUACUACAUUAACUUCCACUCUCCCUCCAGCUGCCCUUACAGUUUCGAGCAUGUCGAAUCUCUUAAGCAUUCCAGCUAAUUCUACUUCCACUGAUUAUAAAACACCUAUCGUUGGCUCUACAAGCAAUGUCUCAUAUCAGAAGCCUCGUUUGCCGCUUCAGCACCAGCCACGCCUUACGCCUCUCAACAGCUGUCGUCUUCGACCAAUGAGGACGCGCACUCGGUUAGCCAUGAUCAACAUUUUGCCAGACGAAUCAGUAUGCCUCGAGUUCUUUGCUAGUCAUGGAAGUGGAACAAGUAGCAAAGCUGUCGACGCCUCACAAUCCUCCCCUAGCGUGGUCGAAGUCAUGGGCAUCGACAAGUUUGGUCGUCGAAUCGUCAUCUACAAGCCGAAUGGUGAUCAUGGUGUCCCCUGUGCUCCAGCUUCAUCUCCAUCUCCCGAGGUGCCCAGAGGUUUCUCUGUUUCAUCUGCUGUUGAUGGGGCUCCUCCUCCAGCUUGUCCUGGCCAGCCAUGUGCAAUUUUUGGCCUGGAUGAGCUUCCAAGCCGAUAUUGGAAAAAAUACUCAUUCGCUUCACGUUUUGUAGGUAUGGUUAGAGCGCACACACCAAAGGUCACCUUGUACACAAACCAUGCAAAAUGUCUGCUUAUGGAAAACGGUGGCAUGAAUGAAGACCCUGUGGGUGAACCUGAAGGAGAAGAAAUAAGUUCUGCACGUCCGGGUGACUUUGAGGCGGAAUUCUACGGGCCCGAAGGCCCUGUCGAUGUCUCCACUACGACGACUCGCGUGCAUCUCAGCAUGAAACUGACCCAGUCGGCUGGAACUCGGGAAUUCGAUCAAGUAGUCCGCAUCACUACACCAGACGAUGCUGGACAACCAUCGACCACCAGUCUUGUUUUGAGCUCCAAUCGCAGUCUUUCGGCACUAGCCCCCGACACCAGGCGACUGCUUGAGAUAACUUUCCAAUCUUUAAUGCAGGUUGAGAUUAUAGUUGCCUGA